AUGACCACUGUCAUCAAUACUAAUAUGGUAGAACCUAUGAAAACAGAAGCUUUUACUUUGAUUGUACGUACCUUUGCAACUCAUAAUCACAAUGAACAAAGAGCAGAAUGUAUUGAGCGUGAUUUCAAUAAAUAUAUAAUUGACAAUCUUCAUGUCAGUGAUCACCAUUAUGAAUGUAUUAUCAGCAAGUACACAUCCGAUUUAGAACAACGUCUACGUCGUUAUAAUUCACAUGACGGUGCUUUAUUCAUUUCGUUGAUUUUUAAUAACGAGAUUGUAUUCUUGGGAGAUCAUCGUGCUAAAGUAGACUUUUCAUGA